AUGCAGCACCAAAUCAGCAGCAGCAGCGCUGCAACAGCAGCAGCAGCGCUGCAACAGCAGCAGCAGCGCUGCAACAGCAGCAGCAGCGCUGCAACAGCAGCAGCCGCCGCACAACAGCAGCAACAGCAGCAGCAGCAGCAGCAGCAGCAGCAGCAGCAGCAGCAGCAAACCUUGAUCUCGUUGGCGAGAAUGGAAGGCCUCUUUCUGAGAAUUACACUCGCCGCUUGCUGCAUAAAGCAGCAGCAGCAGCAGCAGCAGCAGCAACAGCAGCAGCAGCAGCAGCAACGGCAGAAGCAGCAGCAGCUGCAGCGAAAACAGCAGCAACGGAAGCAACAGCAGCGACAGGAACAGCAAGACAGAAGCAGCAACUGCAGCAGUAAAGUGAGUGACAGCAGCAAAAGCCGCAUUAACAGCAGCAGCAGCAGCAGCAGCAAAAGUAACAGCAGCAGCAGCAGCAGCAGAAAAAGUAACAGCAGCAGCAACAGCAGCAAGAGAACGUAA